GCCCAGUACUGUGGCUUCCUGUUCCGCCACGAGGGCUGGCCCCUGUGUGUCCACGAGAAGAUUGUGAUCCAGCUGGCUGCCAUUGAUUGGCGAGUCCUGAAGCCUGGUGACUUCUACCUGCAGGUGGUCCCCUAUCUGAAGAAGUCCCCACGAAUUGUGUUGAAAUGUUUGGCAAAAGACAAGCAUAAUGUAGAGGAAGUGGUGAUUCCAGAAGUUUCAUAUACCUCUAUUUUCACUCUGGAAUGGCUGAGUACGUUCAAUGGAGAGCGGAUGGGUAUAGCACUGGAAAAUUGUUUACUAACCACUGAUGAUAAAAUAUUUCGUGUUCCCUGGGAUAAAGUGGUUAAUCCUGAAUUUAUAAAUAAACCAAAAAUAAUUGAAAACAGUAUCAUCUCUCCAGAAGGAACAGAGGAUUGCUCAAUUUUGUGCCUCCCCACGGACCAUGCUGAGUGCAGUUCACCAGACCUAGGAUCACAGUGUCUGCAGGAACAAAGUCCAAGUCGAGACAACCUGGCCAUCAGCAGCACAGCUCCACAGCUAAGUGAAGCUCUUGUCAAUGGUGUCUGUACAAGUCCUGUGCCUCAAGAGUGCUUGAGAAGUGACCUUGAAGGGGAGUACGUUGAGUUGUCAGAAGUUUCACUGCCCAGAUUUGGGCCACAAACAGGCUCUUUAACCCAGUCGCUAGCUUUAAAUUAUCUAACUCAGCCCAGAGCACGAGUGAAUGAGUCUAAAGGCAAACACAGGCUUAUUGUCAUACAAGACAGCACCUACUCCAAGAACUUAAUUCAGUCAGCACUUAUGCAGAAGGACCAUUGUCAACUGGACACUCUGAGCACUUCUGCAGAAGUUCUCCAAAAUGUCAUUCCGUUGGAAAGCAGCAAAAUGAUGGCACAUGGAGAACUGUCCCCAGAAGGUAUGGUGUCAGAAGGGACAGAGACAAGAAAAGAAGCAACUGGCACAGAUGUGUUGAAACCAGUGAGUAAAGUCAGCGCCCUGGAGGAAACUUUAGGAGCUAUUACUCCCCCGACAUCCCCAGCUUCUGGAACUGCCUGGGGUGGUCAGUUUGCACCUACCAUAGUCAAAGACGUGAACCCAGAAGUGCUCAGGAGUGGAGUUGCCUACCUGCCUGGUACGAGAGAUAAAAUGGGACGUGCAGUGGCCAUAAUAACGACGAGGAACACAGCCUGGUUAAACCCCCACUGCAAUACCACUGAGCUCGUGCGCCUUCUGCUGUACUUGCAUAGCAUCCCAAGACCAGAAUGUCAGGCUUUGGGUCUAACUGUUCUUGUGGAUGCUCGUCGCUGUUCACCAGUUCCUGCUCUCUUCAAGGCAUUCAGCAUAUUGCAGGACAUGGAUUCUCACUGUAUACAUGGAGUACUGCUUCUGGUUGAAAGAGAUCUGACUUUUCGGAUGGAGAAGCCACCAGCAGGACAGUUUGAACUUCUCACCUCCAUGAAAUCCCUCCAUAAGCACAUAGACAGCUCACAGCUGCCCCUGGAACUGGAUGGGACCUUCCCUUACUGCCACAGGGACUGGUUAAGCUUCCGCAUGAAGGUGGAACAUUUACUGCAAGGAUGCCAAGGUGCUUGUGCCUUCCUUCAAGGAGCUAUUCAUAAAGUGGAAUCUGGAAAAUUACCAGAAAAAGCUGAGGAUGCAGCUGUGCUGCUGAGGAAUUACAGGCAAUUGAUGAAGAAUGUUCUUGAAGACACACGGCUGGUCAGGCUGCAGCUGGAGGGUGGAGCGCUCCUGGCCAGGCUGAGGAAGGAGGAGUCUUGUGUCACCCUUACCCAGGACUACAGAGAUGCACUGGAUGCUGCCAGCGUGCUGUAUAAUCGAGUUGAUGAGGGCGUUCACCGCCUGGUGAUGCUGUCAAACAAGCGCAUCCAGGAACUGGAGCUGGUGAUGGAGUUUGAGAAAGUGGAAGAGUGUUUUAAGGAGGUCAGCAGUUGGAUUGAGAAUGUUGGCAGAAAACGGCUAAAGGAAAAUGUCAACCUGGAUGAUUCUUUGGAGAUCCUGGUUCAAACACAAAAGCAGUUUAAGGAGUUUGAUCUUGUUGCCAGUGAACACUGCAGGAGGGGACAGGAAGCGUUAAAGAAGAUGGAUCGAUGGGAAGACUUUUCCUCUGUGGAUGUGCAUUCUUACAGGGUAAAGCUGCAGACAUACAGAGAUCAGCUGGAGGAGUUCUGCACUCAGCUGGAUGAAACCAGGCACCGAAUCUGUGAAACAGUCAGGCUGUAUGAAUUCUUUGACAAGGCGUACGAGUGGGCCUUGGAAGGGAUGCGACACCUUGCCUGCAUCAGCAUGGACUGCAACUCCGCCGAGCACUGUGAGGAUGUGAUCAAGUGCCUGGAGAGUUACAAGGAACAGCACCCAGAUAUCAGUGCUGCCCGGUUCCAGGAGAUGAAGGAGCUGGCCUAUGAGCUGAAGAGUGAGAAGGGGCUCAAGGAAUGGAAAUUUGCAUGGUCUAAAUGCCAGGAGACCAAGAAGGUUUUUGAAAAGAAACUCGAAGCAGCCUUGAGAUCAAGGAAGUCUCUGCUGUCAGACCACAACCCAACUGCCAGGAAGCAACCCCAGGCUGGCAGUGAAGCUGGCAGUCUGUCCCAGAGGAGACACUCUGAGGGGACCACCUCCAGAUCCCACUGGGACAGGACUUUCAGUGGGUCCCACUGCUAUAACAGACCCAACUGCUCUCUGGAGUGGACUAAGGAGAAAGUUCCCUCACCUUCCCUGAGCUGCCCUGGCGAUGUUGGUGCUGGGGAAGAAUCUGCCUGCCAAGCUGCUCUCAGCCCUAGUCCUCACUCAAGCAGAGUUUCUUUUGCCAGUGGGGCCUGCAAGUCUCCCAAGCUGCCUGAAGAAAAGCCAAAUCUGGAGAGCAUAUUAGAAACCCCGGAGGUGAACCCAUCGCCUGCAUUGACUCCAGCCUCUGGGAAGCUGCCUUCCAGGAGGGUGCUCAGGAAGGCCCAAAGCUUUGACUUCCCUUGUGGUGAAAGCCUGUGGUCAAGCUGCCAGAGGAGUGAGCCAGUCAGAUAUGACAGAUACGGUGUCUUUAUCAAGGGGCUGGAGGUGAGCAGCACUGAGCUGGUGGACAGGACAUUCGCACUGCGGCAGCCAGCAACUCACAGCUGGGCUGCAGACUGCCUGCUGGAGGGACAGAGGGGUUGCCUCUCUGUGUCGGAAGCCAAGAGCUGUGGCAGCAAGCUGCGGCACAUCAUUGACGAGAUGGUAACCACGGAGCAGGAAUACGUGAAGUCGCUUUGCUAUGUCAUCAAUAGCUACUUCCCUGAGAUGGAGCGCAGUGACCUCCCCCAGGACCUGCGUGGGAAGCGCAGUGUCAUUUUUGGAAACCUGGAGAAGCUCUAUGCCUUCCACAGCCAAUACUUCCUGCGAGAGCUUGAGAGCUGCUGCAACCACCCUCUGCGGGUCAGCCACUGCUUCCUGCGACACAAAGACCAGUUUGGAAUGUAUGCAUUGUAUAGCAAGAACAAGCCAAAGUCGGACUCUCUCCUGGCCAGCCAUGGGAAUACCUUCUUCAAGCUCAAGCAGGUGCAGCUGGGGGAUAAGAUGGACCUGGCCUCCUACCUGCUGAAACCCAUCCAGCGGAUGAGCAAAUAUGCUCUGCUCCUGAAGGACCUGAUCAAGGAGUGCAGUGAGGCACAAGAGCAGGAGCUGGGCAACCUCCGUGCAGCUGAGGAGAUGGUGAAGUUUCAGCUCCGUCAUGGAAAUGACCUGCUGGCCAUGGAUGCCAUCCGUGACUGUGAUGUAAACCUGAAGGAGCAGGGGCAGCUGGUGCGGCAGGACGAGUUCACCAUCUGGCUGGGCCGUAGGAAGUGCCAGCGACACGUCUUCCUCUUUGAGGACCUGAUCCUCUUCAGCAAGCCCAAGAGGAUCGAAGGUGGCUUUGAUGUGUAUAUCUACAAACGCUCCUUCAAGACUGCAGACAUUGGUCUGACAGAGAACUCUGGAGACAGUGGCCUGCGCUUUGAGAUCUGGUUCCGAAGGCGGAAGUCCAACGACACCUACAUCCUCCAGGCCAGCUCAGCUGAGACUAAGCAGGCCUGGACCAGUGACAUUGCCAAGAUCCUGUGGCAGCAGGCAGCCCGCAAUAAAGAAAUCCGCAUGCAGGAGAUGGUCUCCAUGGGUGUGGGUAACAAGCCGUUCCUGGAUAUCAAACCCAGUGAGGCAGCUAUCAAUGACCGUGCUAUCAAUUACAUCAUGAAAGGCAGAAGUGCCAGGACCAGAGCAUCAAUUGCGGUGUCUCUGUUUGACCAUUCCAACCCGUUCAAGAGAACACAGACUCAGCUGUCCUCUGGCAGCACCCCCACUGCAUACAGUCCUUCCUCCUCCUCCUUGCUGGGGCCUCUCAACCUUCACAUGUACCUGGACCAGGCUCUGCUGCCAGGAGUCCUGGCCCCCAGGCGUCCCUUUGACAUCGGCACCUGCAUUGAGGAAGAUGAGCUGGAGCACGAGACAAGCAGCCAACCGUCCCUGACAACGGAGAGCUCAGAGUCAUCGCACUGCAUGUCAGGCACUGGCUCCAGUGGCUCCGACAGUGGCUGUGUCUCCAACAUCCCACAGGAAAGCUUCUGUGAAGACAUGGUCUCACCCUCCUACGUGCCCAUAGGCCCACAACACAGCUCUGCCAUGGAGGGGAGACCCAGGUUCACAAACAGCCAGUACAUUUCUGCA